AUGGCGAUCUGUACUUAUAACGCACGUACGCUUGCAUCGGAAGCGGCCAUCGAAGAUCUGAUGAUGCAAGCCAAGAAGAUCAAGUACGACGUCAUCGGACUGACCGAACGAACGACUAGAGGUGUUGGUGGAGUUGGCGUCCUCGUCAACACGAGUAUGGCAAAGAACAUCGACUCUUUUGAACAACUUACGACCCGAAUCGGACGUCUGCGGAUGAGAAGAUGUGGCCCAAUACCAGCUUUGACUAUCUUCGUCGUUUACGCUCCAACAUCAAGCUACGAAGAAGAAGAAGUCGAAGCUUUCAUAUGGACCUGGAGAAGUUCUACCAAGAAGAUCAUGCCUUCUACAAGGACUACCAUCAACUGGGAUCUCUUCGCUACGCUAGCCGGCUUUUGGGAAGAUUCCGCAAUGGACAACAUCGACGAGGAAUAUGACCGGCUUGUCGAACACCUUCACGACUGCGCGAAGAAGGCUGAGAGUUUUAAAACCACCAAGAGGCGCCUGUCUCUUGAAACUCUUGAGCUGAUACGCCAGCGUGGAGCAGCACGAGCCGCAGGGAACCAAGAACUCACGUCCGAGCUCGCAAGGCUUUGCCGAGAGGCGAUAAAGGAAGACCUUAAAGAGAGAAGAGCAGAAGUGCUGGCUGAAGCUGCAGAGGCGGGGAAAAGCAUCCGCUAUGCCCGUCGAGACUUCGCCAGUCGCAAGACGAGGAUGACUGCUCUCCGGAACCCAAAGGGAACAGCCAUUGCAUCGAGAAGGGGAUGGAGAAAAUCAUCUACGACUUCUACUCUGAUCUCUUCGACAGCCAUGUCCACUUGCCUCCUCACCAUCUGA